AUGGAUUUUAUAACCACAAGCUACAACGACAGCAACGCGACCAGUGUUUACCCCAGUGGGGGGGACGUGGUUGCCGACUGGAACGGGGGUGAGAAUGGCACGGGGUCCGGGUCUCUUCCAGAUCUGGUGCUGAGUUACCAGAUUAUUACCUCAAUGCUCCUGGGGGCCCUCAUCCUCUGCUCCAUAUUUGGCAAUGCGUGCGUCGUGGCAGCCAUCGCCCUGGAGAGAUCUCUCCAGAAUGUGGCCAACUAUCUGAUCGGAUCCCUGGCCGUGACAGACCUCAUGGUUUCUGUGCUGGUCCUGCCAAUGGCGGCCCUGUAUCAGGUUUUAAACAAGUGGACUCUAGGGCAGGAGAUCUGUGAUUUAUUCAUCUCUCUGGAUGUACUGUGUUGUACAUCAUCCAUCCUGCAUCUGUGCGCAAUUGCUUUGGACAGGUACUGGGCCAUAACGGACCCUAUUGACUAUGUAAAUAAACGGACACCAAGGAGAGCUGCGUUCUUGAUUAGCGUCACAUGGCUAAUUGGUUUCUCAAUUUCUAUUCCGCCUAUGUUAGGCUGGAGAAGCGCCGAAGACAGGGCAGACCCCGACGCCUGCAUGAUCAGCCAGGACCCGGGCUACACCAUCUACUCCACGUUUGGAGCUUUUUACAUUCCUCUUAUCCUCAUGUUGGUUCUGUACGGACGAAUAUUCAGAGCUGCUCGGUUUCGGAUUCGAAAGACAGUGAAGAAAGCAGAGAAAGCAAAAGUGUCAGAAAAGUGCUUGAGUGUGUCUCCGGCCAUCUUUCACAAGAAAACCAACGGAGAGGCCGGCGGCAAAGGCUGGAAGCGCGGGGAUGAGUCUAAAUCUAGCUCUCCGUGCGUAAAUGGCGCGGUGAAGCAUGGAGACGAGGGCGAAUCAUUGGAGAUCAUAGAAGUUAUCAGCAACUCAAAGACGCACUUGCCUCUGCCCAACACUCCUCAGUCCUCCUCGCAUGGCUAUGAAAACAUGAAUGAAAAGAACUCGGGGGCGAAGAGAAAGAUCGCGCUGGCCAGGGAACGUAAAACGGUGAAAACACUCGGCAUCAUUAUGGGAACUUUCAUCUUCUGCUGGCUGCCCUUUUUCAUCGUUGCACUAGUACUGCCUUUCUGUGCAGAGAGCUGCUACAUGCCCGAGUGGCUGGGCGCAGUCAUAAACUGGCUGGGUUAUUCAAACUCUCUCCUCAACCCCAUCAUAUAUGCCUACUUCAACAAAGACUUCCAAAACGCUUUUAAGAAGAUUAUAAAAUGCAAAUUCCACAGACCAUAA